ACCGCAAGCGUAUAUAUCGCUGGCUCACCGGUCGGAGCUCAUUUUACACGGACUGCCGAUUUUCUCGGCAACUGAAGCGUGCCCGGCGUGGUAUCCACUGCGUCCGGUCAGUUUGUCGUCGAACAGUGGAUCAACGGCGGAUCAGUUAGUUCGCGGUUGUUCGUUGCACCGUUCAUUCCUUCUUUCUAUAUUGCCCAUACCCAGUUGACAUCUUCUCUCUUUCCAUAUGUCGUUUCCAUAGAUCCAACUUUAAAAUCUUGCAUACGGAACAAAACGAGCUCAACCAAAAGUGGACACGAGCAACGGAAGAGGCAUGUCGUGACGACCGUAGCUCAUCUUUCGUGAUUCAUCGUCGAUCCUAGAGAAAGACAGUGCUCGCUUCGUCAGUCAUUCGGAUGUUAUUCGAGGAAACAUUCGUCGGGUACUCCCUGAUCUAGGAAAAUCAAUCAGUGCGCGAUGACGUCUUGACAAUGAAAUAAGGUGAGAUAGACGAAAGAGUAAGAUUGUAGACGAAACCGUGCAAAUACCAUCAGUGGAUUUCCAGCGAGAACUCAUUCUUCAUGAAUGCGAGAAAAGAUGCUGUUGAGAGCUAAUCUGGUCGCGGUUUUGCUGACCUUGAAUUGCGUCAGUCGCGCGAGUGAGCAUUCGAAAUCGACGUCAGAGAAAUGGCAGAAAGAAGAGAGAACCGUCAUUUCCGGCGAGAAGAUCCUUAGGUACAUGAAUGAUAAUAUCACCUUCGAGAAUCCUAUUUCUUCGGUCAAUGGUCACAACGUCAAAAAUAACAUAGCCAAGAUUCAUCGUUCAAUUGAUGAAGACUUCUAUAAUGCACAUUCUAAGAUUGAAGUGGAGGAACGAGAUGAAGCACGGCGUAAGAAACGAAAGGUUGGCCGUACUAUGUUGGCGUUGCUGAUGGCAUAUAAACUCAAAUUUGUCGCUCUGAUACCAACAAUACUUGGAGGUUUGAUUCUUCUCAAAGGAACGACGCUGCUUGCGGGAUUCUUCUUCGCCUUGUUUGCUGCCGUUCUCGGACUGAAGAUACAUUGACAACGAAAUCAGGAUCUUUAGAAGGAGAGCACCAAGAAUAUACUAAGAAACACUACAAAUGGAAAACGUUACGCGAAACAAUUCUCAUGUA